CGUGUCCUGAUGAAGUUUGCUAAUUAAAGCAGCUUUUAUCUAUGCGGCGGCCGAUAUGUCUUCACAGUUCGACCUGGGGUGCCUCACGGUGGCGAUGUGGUCCAUCGGCCUUGGGGCCAUCGGGGCCGCGGUGACGGGGGUCAUCCUGGCCAAUACGGAUUUGUUCCUGUCUAAAGCGGAGAAGGCAUCGCUGGAGUUUCUGGAGGAUAUAGAUCUGCAGACUCUGAUGGGAGAAGAGCAAAGAACGUUCAAAGCCGGGGAGCUGUGGAGGAAGAAUGGGGCCGUGAUCAUGGCGGUGCGGCGACCAGGAUGAUUUCUGUGCAGAGAGGAGGCUGCCGAGCUGUCCUCUCUGAAGCCCCAGCUCAGCCAGCUGGGGGUCCCGCUUUAUGCUGUCGUUAAAGAGAAGAUCGGCACGGAAGUGGAGGAUUUUCAACCCUAUUUCGAGGGAGAUGUCUUCCUGGAUGAAAAGAAACGAUUCUACGGGCCUCGGAAAAGGAAGAUGCUCUUCCUGGGCAUCGUUCGGUGGAGCGUCUGGAAGAAUUUCCUCCGCGCUUGGUGGAGCGGCUUCAGCGGUAACAUCGAAGGAGAAGGCGUCAUCCUGGGUGGCGUUUUCGUGAUCGGUCCUGGGAAGCAGGGCGUCCUCUUGGAGCAUCGUGAGAAGGAGUUUGGAGACAAAGUCAGCCUUGCCGCUGUCCUCGAUGCCGUUAAGAAGAUAAAAGUGCAACCUUCUGAUUAUUAAACACACACACACACACAAACUGCCCUCCUAACUGCAGAGUCUACCAUGUCUGUGCGGAACCACAGGCUGAAAUUCCUUCCCAAAUACCGGCAGCUGAAGUCCCACAAGAAUGGCGAUGUUCUGUACUGUUAGCUCUAGAUAUCCAGGGACCCUUUCUGUUAUUGUUUUUACUGGAUUAAUGAAAGGCUGGAUCCAAAAUCUUCAGAUCUGGUCUAGACAGUUUCCAGUUAGAGCAAAACUGUCUUGAUAUCUGUAAGAAGAAAGGCUGGUGGGGAACUAAUAAAAACUGAAAUGAUUACU